AAUGGGAAGAGAGUCUUAAAAAUGCCGGAUAAUAGUGCGAAAUUUAAUGCCGAUCUUCAUUUGGAUAUACCCAAAUGGAUAAAUUCGGAAUAUUUUGAGAAAAUCUUGCGAAAAGAUUUUCAAUGUUUUAAAAAAAUUUUGAAAUUUACCAUAAUACCAGCCAGCCCCCCCGGUGAAAAUUACACGUCAAUAAUGAUGCGGGUUAAAAUGGAUUUUGAAAUGGAAGAUGGUUUUACUCAACAAAAGUCGUAUAUUAUGAAGACCAUGCUUGAUAAUGGCAGAAAAGGAAAUUAUGUUAAUACGUUAAACUUGUUUCCCAAAGAAAAACUAAUGUACGAGAGCAUUUUACCACAACUGGAAGCUUUGUACGAAGAGCGUGGUAGCAAAGUGAAAUUCGCACCGAGAUGCCACUGGAUUGAGGAUAAUUCAGGACAAAUAACUUUAGUAUUGGCUGAUCUAAAGACAAAGAAGUUUCGUAACAUUAACCGCUUGAAAGGUUUCGAUAUGUUGCAUAUCAAAAAAGUUUUAGAGAAAUUGGCCGAAUUCCAUGCAGCCUCGGCAGUUUUGAUGGAGCGUAACGGCUCAAUACCGCAUGAAUUUCAAAAUAUUUAUUUACCAGUCAAUUACCAUAAAUCGAAAUCCUAUCAGGCUCGCAUACGAAGCUAUAAGUCGGCCAUGUCCCUAUGGGGUCUGGAAGACUACGAAAAGUACUCGAACUUUAUACCUAGUGCAGAGCAAUACAUGAAAGCUACUAUGCAUUGUCAUCAUGGCGAUCCUUCCGAGUUUAAAGUUCUAAAUCAUGGUGACUUCUGGUCGAGUAAUAUUAUGUUAAAUUAUUUAUCCAAUGCUACCAACGCAAACACGGACAUCAAUCAAAUACGUUUUGUAGACUUCCAAAUGUGUAAAUGGAGCAAUCCAGCGCUGGAUCUAUGGGAAUUGAUUAUCUGUUCGGUGGAGAGCAAUUUACGAAUAAAGCAUUUUGAUUACUUCCUUAGGAUUUAUCACAGCCACUUGCAAAAGUGCUUAGCGUUCUUGCACUAUCCGAAACCUUUACCGCUCUUAAGGGACUUGCAUAUUAGCAUGCUGAGAUAUGGAUUCUGGGCCUACUAUAAUACUUUCAAUCAUUUAGUAUUAAUUUUAAUGCCCGAUAAGGAGGCCAGCUUGCUGAGAUUAAUGCAAUCCGGAGAAGAGGGUGACAAAUUUCGAAUGAAAGCUUAUACGAAUCCCUUGUACGUCAGAGCUGUCCUAGAUAUUUUUCCAUUUUUAUACCGUAAAGGUCUACUAGAUUUUAGUGACCGAAGCCGUUGUUUGAGUUAUAUUUGUUUAUUUCAUAUGGGCACUGGUACAAAAGAUUAUACACCACCCGAUUGGUUGACGGUGGAAUUUUUACAAGAUGUGCUUAGAGAAUAUUUUAAAGAUGACACUGACACUUUAGAGGUGCACAACAUGAAAGUUGGAGCAGCAGCAGUGACAUCGUCAAAGGGCAGUGGUGGUGAAAAGGUGCACCACGGUUUUGCCAGCGAAAUGCAUUGUGCCAUCCUUCAAUUGAAGCGUAAUCAUGCUUUAAGCAAAUUUUCGGUUAUUCUCAAGGUUCAUCCCAAAGGGUUGACUGGCGUCUUAGCCCACAAAAGUAAGCUAUUUAAACGUGAGAUUAUGACCUAUAAAGAAAUAAUACCGCGCGUAGAAGAAUUAUUAACGGGUAUAAAUGAUAGAAUAAAAAUUGCUCCCGCCUGUUAUUACACGACCGAAGUGCCCGAACCAUUUCUUAUUUUGGAAGAUAUGCAUCGAAGCGGCUACGAAAAUUUUGAAAAAAGACGUCUUCUAAAUUUAGAAUACGUUCUGCUGACCGUACGCAAAUUAGCCAAAUUGCACGCUUGCUCUGCGGUAAUCGCAAGGGAAAAUCCUCGCAUAAUGGAAAUUUUCGAAGAGCCGCCCAUUUCACGUCAUCCAGAUCGUAAAGAUUUCCUAGAAUUUUUUCCCGUUAAUAUGCGUUGCGUAGCCGAAGAGAUUUCACAUUGGCCAGGUUACGAAAAGAUAACGGAAAAAUUGUUUAAAUUAAGUGAGAAUGUGAUUGAGAAGGCGGUAGAAAUGUAUGAAAAUCAGGCGAAACGUUUUCGCGUUUUUAAUAUAGCCGAUCUUUGGAUUGAUAAUUUAAUGUUCCGCAUGAAUAACGAAACUCAGGAACCUGACGACGUGAUGCUUUUCGAUUAUCAAUUAUGUUACUAUGGCUCACCAGCUGUGGAUCUAAAUUAUUUACUAUAUGGAUCGGUUAAUGAAAACGUUCGAAAAGUGCACUUAAAAUAUAUCGUAAGCGAAUAUCACCAUAUUUUGAAGGAAACCUUGGAAAAAUUAAAUUAUAAUGGCUUCAUACCUUCGCUAAAAGAUAUCACAAUCGAUAUGAUAAGGAAUAGUUUGCAAGGUGUGAUUGCGGCCACUUGCUUAACGCCUAUAAUUUUUAUGGAGAAAGACGGUUAUGACAACCUCGAGUAUCUCAUUUCUCUCAACGAGCAAGGCAAUCAGAUAAGGCGCGAGAAUGUAGAGAAUCCAAAAUAUCGUACAUUUCUACAGCGCACCAUUAAAGAGUUUGAAUUAAGCGGCUUUCUCGAUUUUUAAUAAAAUCCAACUCACAUACAGCCAAGCUCAUAUAAAUAGUGCGCACUUUGCGAUGAAUAUAAAAAAAAAGUUUUAUUAAGAGAUUUGUAUAGAAAUGUAAAACUUGUGUUUCCUUUAUAUCGAAAUAUAACAUGAAAUACAUUAAACAAAUGUGAACAUAGCCGGACAAAGCAGGCUAUUAGGUACCCUACACCACUCCGCCUGAUAUCGCCAUUCAUCCAUGUUCAUUCUAAAGUACCCAAAUUAUCCUUACAUCAAAAGCAUGCUCUUCGUGAGAGCCCUUAAAUUGGAGGCUGCUCAAAAUAUCGACUGACGUAGUCCAGAUUUAGCAAAAAAUUAAUUUACUUGUCAAAGAUAUUAUUAUUUUUCAGUUGUCUCCGUCAUAACAUGCUUUCUUCAUCCUAUAAGGACUUGCUUUCCGUGAGCAUAUAUAGUGGCGUCUAAAAAGAAGAGUGAAGUUAUGCAAGUUCCCUAUGGUUAAUUUUUAUACUAGCUACUACUACUAUGGACCAAUUUUGCGUACGAAAUAUUGAAGAUUAAACGUUUUUGCUAAAAAGCUUAGCAUCCAUGAGAACACAUGUAGAGAAUGGCAUCCAAAAGGCAGAUUCCAAUAUGGAAAUUUUGAGAAGUAGACCUUUUUGGAGUGUAAGAGGUAAAUAUAUCACGACACGGGGUUUACAUGGGAUCUAAAAAAUAUACCUACUUGGUCCAAAUUCGGUAAAUUAAUUUCUAUGCCAAAUCACUUUUACGGAUUGUAGGGCGGCCCCAUUCGUUCCAAUUUUCUCAAACUAAUUUAGAACGCCGAACGAAAUAGAGUUACUCGUCCUCGUUGGUUCGUCGAGCCAAAAUGUAGCGGUAUACUGAAUUUAGUUUCCGGUCAGGAAAGCUUAGUUCAAUUUAAUAUAAUAAAGUGUCUACCUAGAGUCUUUUGCUGUUUUUAAAUAUACAUCCUGUACGUAUUUAAUGGUGGGGCGUCCACCACCAUAAUGUUUUUACUUGUUGCAUUUCAAUUAAA